CCAAAUACAAUUGCAAUUCCAUCCCAUUUAUUUCAUCAAGCAUGCCUUUCACCUCCCCGCCCCCACCAGGGAUCUACCCAGCGCGUGCUACAUAUUCUAAAGAUGAGCUUCGUGCCGCAUAUGUGGGUCGGUCUGUUGAAGAGCUCCGGACCCCCGCCUUUCUGGUGGAUCGUGCAAAAGUAGAACAAAACGCAAAAGAAUUAAUUGACGCAGCAAAGGAGGCGGGCGUGGAUGUUCGGGUGCAUGUCAAGACACACAAGACGAUUGAAGGCGCACUACUUCAACUCGGCGAUUCUCUCAGUUCGAUAAUUGUCAGUACUUUGGCAGAAGCACGGUACUUUGCCAACAGUGGCUUGUUUCAAGAUAUUUUGUAUGCCGUACCAUUGUCUCCCGACAAGAUUCAAGAAGUUCACCAAGUGUCACAACGGAUUGAAAAGUUCCAUGUCAUGGUCGACAAUGACGUUAUCAUUGAUGCGUUAGAGCGAUAUGCUAUUGCGGUGGGUCCCACAGCCACAUCGGCAGUUAAUCCGAGCAGUGCUGUAUCACAAGGGCGCGCUGCGCUAGAUCCUGCUAAGCCGAUGUUCAGGGCUUUCCUAAAGAUUGACACCGGAUACGGCCGAGCAGGAGUACCUUCGACAACGUCCAACGCAAUAUCUCUUGCGUCGCGGCUCCACAGAUCUGCCCAUAUAUGUUUCUCUGGCCUUUAUAGCCAUAGUGGACAUUCGUACGAAGCAGCAGACGUCGCUGGUGCUCUCGCAACAGCCAAGGAAGAAGCUCGCCUGACACUGGCUCUAGCUCAGGAGCUUCGAUCAAUCGGUAUAACUGCCCCUGUCGCAAGCGUGGGUGCAACUCCUAGUGUCAAAGCGCUGUUGGAAAUGGCCGGCGCAGGACGAGAAGCAAUAUCAGAGGCAAGAUUAGGCACAGUUGGCGAUGCGCUUAUGAAAGAAGCCGGGGAGCUCGCAAAUGACGUGGCAGCAUCCGCCCUCCCAGACGACGAACAAGAUGAAAAGAAGCACAAGGGCGGUUCAGAUCAAUCAGCUAUCGGGGAUGCGGCCUUGGUUGAAAAUCCGACACAUAACGAUUUCAAACUUGAAGUACAUCUCGGAAACUAUAUUUUUCUGGAUAUCCAGCAAAUAUCUGGUAUGCCCUGGCCGAUUUCGCGAUGCGCGGCAACGAUCCUAUCCCGUGUUUUGAGUCAAUAUCCCCAUCGGAAUGAGGUUCUCAUUGAUGCGGGCGCGUUAGCUCUCAGCAAAGACGGUCCAGGAGCACGCGGUGCUAAGCUAUAUCCUGGAUACGGCGUUUUAGCUGGCGAUUAUCUCGCACAUAGAACUGUUAGUCGAGUCAGUCAAGAACAUGGAGUUGUGGCGGGUCUUAGUCCGGAGGAAAUUGAAGCAUUCCUUGAGAUUGGUACAACAGUGGAGAUUGUACCGAAUCAUGCCUGUCUGGCCGCAGCAAAUUUUGAAUGGUAUUAUAUUGUAGAGGAAGGGAAGGUGGUCGACGUCUGGGUGCCCUGUCGAUCAUGGUAAUCUUUUGGUCAAUCGGCCGCAAGUGUACCGCAGAUAUACUGUAACCCUAAUCUAUAAUUUGGCCAUCUGCACAUCCCCUA